AUGCCAAUUCGCUUACUCCUACAAAGCAUCCUCACUGGCGCGGGAGGUGGCAUAGGUCUUUCGAUCGUCACUCAAUUGCUGGUGCAGCCUUCAGUUUCGCUCGUGGUUGGCGUAGAUUUGGCCAUUUCGCAACUUGAGGCCCUUCUCGAGGAACACUCGGACAGGCUGUCUAUUGUUCAAGGAGACGUCUCCGUGCGGGCAACGAGUGAGCGGGCUGUGCGGGAAGCUCUGAGUCGCAAGGGAAGGCUCGAUUCGAUCAUCCUCAAUGCAGCUAUCCUCAGCCCCUUGGGUCGAGCAGCAGAGACAUCGGUAGACGAUUGGAAACGGCUCUUUGACAUCAAUUUCUUUGGGCUCUUGCAUAGUAAACAGGUGAGAGACCAACAGCAAGCAAAUAUGCCUCUAGAGCAGUACAAUUGGCUGUUGGACCUCCAUACACAAGGCAAGCUCCUUCGGCCAGAACAGCCCGCUAGUUCCUUUGUGCAUCUGGUGCUUAGCGGGAUCCCCUCACGACUGAAUGGUCAAGUCGUAGGCUGGGAUGAUGCUGAGAUCUAUGCCGGCACAUGA